CCAGCUUAUACACCGUGCUUUGGGGUUAUUGGCAUGGAGCUCGUUGAGGAUUACGGGACGAUAUUUCUUCAACAUUCUUUGAUAUGGCUUAGCAACUCUUCUCUUUCUGUUAAAGUCGCCCUUGGUAUAUUACCGAGCAUCGUCUUCACCGUAUUAACAUCGGAUGCUGUAUAUCGCUAUUUCAAUAGAGGAUUAACCUUAAGAUGGCAUCCAGGUACCUGUCGAGUGAACAGUCACAUCAGCCUGAGAGGAAAGACAGUUCUUAUAACAGGUGCAAACUCCGGUAUUGGUCGAGAGACUGCUAUUGACCUUGCUAGCCGAGGAGCUAGGGUUAUCAUGGGAUGUCGCAACCCGACCAAAGCAAAGGUAGCAGUAGAUGAUGUCCGCAAGAGAUCAUCCAAUGAAAAUGUCAUCUUCAAGCAAAUAGACCUAUCAGACUUGAAUUCAGUCAAAAAAUGCGCAGAGGAAAUUCUGAAAGAAGAGGAGAGACUUGACGUUCUCAUAAACAAUGCAGGACUGGUCAGUUUCUCCGACCAUGGCCUGACGCCUGAAGGCUAUGAUACCACCAUGGCAACGAAUCAUGUUGGUCAUUUCGUGCUAACUCUGGCGUUGAUUAAUCUUAUGAAGAAGAGUGCCCCCAGUCGGAUCAUCAAUGUAACAUCCUACGGUCACGUCAAUAUCAAACAAAUUGAUUACACAAAUAUAUCAGGCAAAGGAAUAUCUGGGUUGAACCGCUAUCUUGAAAGUAAAGUGGCAAAUAUUCACUUCACUAAAGUGUUAGCACGCCGCCUAUCGGGGACUGGUGUCACAGCGUAUUCAGUAAAUCCGGGGACUGUAUACACGAGCAUCUGGGAGUCCAGUCGAGUUACCGUACGGUCCGGAAUAUUACGUUUUCUCUACUUGGUGGGAAUGCCCCUUCUAGUAUUUCUGGGGGAUGCUGCCUAUGGAAAAUAACACACACAGAACCCCAGCAGGGCCAUGGAUACAAGACUCCGACAUAUACUCUUUGUACUUCGAAAACAUGACAAUGCAAACUAUCGAUGUUUGAAUCAACGCACUUGCGCCUUAAUGUAACGUCAUGGUCAAUUUCUACUUAACAAUAUAUUAGCCAAGACCACACAAGCUGGCUUAACGAGGGAAUGUUAUUUGUUAAGCAAACAUUCACUGCUAAAGAGUUCAUCAAGAUGUCUUUGACACAACGAAAGCAAUAAAAACUUGGAUCUUGGCCAGUUGCACUUGAAGGAACUUUUGCGUCAUCAUUCGAAAUGUUGGUCAAAUAUUAGUGGAAAUCCGGAACAAGUAACAUGUAACUUUGAUAAGCAGUAACUGAGAUGGACAGGAAGUAAUGAUGUGAUACGGAAGUGCCCAUACCUGGACAAGAUCAGGAAAAUUGCUGAUGAUCUUUAGGCCUAUCUUCAUUUCGUGAUGGGAUGUUCCAUACGUUUUCUGAAUGAUAGGCUGGGAACAUAUUUCCAAUUCGUCUAACCCAAUUCUGUCAAUGAAUGGUAAGAGAUGGCUCAAAGUGCUUGUGAAGAAGGAAGCAGUAAUUCACUAACAUCGGAUUCUGUGUCAUCCAGACCAAAAUUAACUCCUUAUAACCAAGUUCUUGCCUUCAUCUCUUCCAGCUUUUCGUUUCAUUUUUAGGGAGUUCAAGACAUGAGGAAGAAUAGUCUGUAGUCUUUCUCAUAAGUAUCCGUGCCUUUCCUUUCACUUGUCUUCAUCAAUGUUAUCUGAUGGCAUGCAUACAUUAGGAUUUCACCUUCUACUAUCUUCCUUUCUCCUUCAGUUCGUCCCUCUCUCCCUUCCCCUCUAUUCAUUCCUAUUUCCUAAAUUACCCAUUUAGACUAACUGUAAUAAUUUAUUACCAAUUUAUGAUUAUAUUAAGGAACCCCUCUUGUCACGCAAGUAUAAUUUUAACCAGCAUGUUCCAGAUUGCCCGAACUUCUCCAAGCGAGGCAAACACCGCGCCAAACAUCAUGCGCCGGGAUCAUGCAUUGCGUCUUAUAUUCAUCUAUGAGCUGAACGUCGGUAACCUAUGAAGUCUUGCAAUCUUCCUACACGAAUGUUACCCGCCAGCAAGAGUAGACACAAUCUGGAUGCCAGUUUUCCUUCAUUCGGAAGUCCUGGGAGCGAUGCCUCGAAAGAAUCAACAAGCAUUCACUGACCUAUUAUAGGCAAGGGCGUCGUCACCACCUACCUUCGAGAGCUUUAUUUUUGUUAGGAUGGGAAUAUCAUAAGGAGUCGAGUGUCUUGCCAACGAAUGAUUGUUAUUUUUUAACAUUCAAACAAAGAUUUGCACUUCAUCUAAUGAGAAAAGAAUUAUCAAACGGAGCUUUGGUCAACGAAGAAACGAAUGCAUCCUUUAUGUAACCAUAGGCCAACCCAGUCAACAGGCAAGAUUCUCCGUCAGCAGAAGCUCAAAUGCAAUAGUGUCAUGAAGGACUGGUUCAUUUCUCCCUGAUUCGGCCAUCACUUAUAUUUAGAACAUAAGAACAUUUACUUAUCCAUGAUGAUGCAUUUAUAUCUCACUGAUUCAUAUAAAAAAUGGUUGAUUUUUCCUAAACUGUCGGAAUUUGAAGCCGUUAUUUCCCCCAAAAGAGUUUCUUUGUAGUUUGAGUCUUUUUCUUUUUGAUGUUUUAAACAGAUCUUGUUCUGCAUGUACAUCUCGUGCAUGGGUGAACUUCGAAAUUUUUGCUGCAUAUUCUUAUUCUUAUAUCAUCAUGCUUCCUUAAGAUCUCUGCAUUUAAUCAAUUAGUUUAUAUAAAUAAUUUUAAAGCAAAAGGUUUUCGUUUCAACAUCACUAUGGGGCGUGCUUGUAAAGUGUGAUAAAACUGUUGUCACAGUCACUUUUUCAGAUGUGGGUAUAGGGUAAAGUGUAUUCUUGAUGCAUGUGAGUUGGAUAGGACAAAGCCUAAAGCUUCAGUCUCCUUCACAGUAAGAAAAUAUGCCGUGAUUCUUCUGCACUUAAAAAACUUUUACAAGCAAUUAAAAUCUGACGAAUUCUCUCGUGCUAAGUUGUCCUUGCAUGUCUCGCCUUAUUCUCCUCACAUUUUAUCUUUACCAGAUCAAUAAUCGAUGAAGAAGAUUCUCUUGCAGUGAGCGAGGAGUGACUAAUUAUUGUUUAACAGCACAUGUGGGGGAGAAACUCAGUCCCUAAUUUUGCAGUGGUCCAAUGACCUGUAAAUCGUCCAAUAUCCGUCUGAAGACGAUAAAGAUGACCCAUAUCAUUAAGCCCUUACCGUCUCCAUCAUAUUCUCAACGUCCACCUUUUUCUUAGAGAUUAUCUUUAAACGAACCACUCUUUUCGCUUAAUCAUUCUCGGAAGAUGAUGAAAGUUUAAGUGGUUUUGAAAGCAGAUAGGUUGAAGAUCAUUGGAUGUGACUAUUACUGUACACGACAUUUUCGAAAAGAUGUUUCUAAAUAGGGAAGCGUCUCUCUGAUACCUUCCUUGAAAAUAUCUUCUAAAAAAUGAAAUGUUUGAUUCCCCUUUCGAUGGCCAUUAAGAAAUUCAACAGUUCAAAAUCAAUAAUCAGAAAUAAAUAUCGAUUUUGCCAACAUACAAAAUCAGUAAUAAUUUGUAAAUUAUGGACCAAACAGCGUGGAAAUCAACAUGGAAGUCGAUUUCGCGUCACUUGAUAGGCCUAUAUACUCAUUUGAUUUGGGCGGGUUCGAUAUAUUCUAUAGGACAGACAGUAGCUGUCGCGUUUGAUUACAACUCAUUGUGGUUACCAUGGUAACUGUGUCAUGACAAAAGAUUAGUCGAGGCAUGAAGAGUUAUAUUACAGGAAGUUGGCUAUCCGAGCAUGAGGAUGAUUCAGUUUGGUCCUUGGUGCGAAAUGUUCCAACAAAAUGGAACACUCGCAAAAAAAACAUGAAUACAAUGUAUUCUUUCCCUUACGUUG